AUGACAUCCAUGACAUUUGCGGUUCACGUAUUAGGUCAUGACUUUUUUUUUUCUCUUUUAAUAGGCUACUUCUGGCACGUGACUGAUUUUCACGUUGACAAAGAGUACUCGGCUGGCGGUAGUCGCGUCCUAUCCUGCCACCGUGGUGCCAACGACUUCGCUCUAGAUAAUACUGGGCCUUAUGGUGAUUUCUUGUGCGAUGCCCCGUUACUGCUGGCGCAGUCUGCCGUAGAAGCCAUGGAACAGAUCAAAGCAGAGGUUGACUUUGUCCUCUGGACAGGAGACAAUCUGGCACGCGGAAAAGGGCUUACUUGGACAGAGGUGUACAGCCUGACACGCUGGAUCACAACGUUGCUAAGGCGCAAAAUGGGGCAGAACCAGACCAUCAUCGUGCCCACGUUGGGAAAUCAUGACUGGGUUCCCGCCAACGCGGUGGAGUCCAUGAACGCUACGCCUUACCGCGGUUUCAUCAGCGAGGCAGGCUUCAAUCAGCUGCUCCCUGAGGAAGCGUGGGGCGCCUUCGAACGCGGUGGAUAUUACAGCCUACCACUAUCAAAGAACAUUCGCCUGGUGUGCCUCAACUCUGUGCUGUGGUACACUAUGAAUAAGGGCGGAUCGACGAGAUCAAGUGAUGACGAGCAGCUCGAAUGGCUGCGACAACAGCUUCAUGACGCACAGCGACAGGGACAGAAGGUGUUCAUCUCUGGACACAUCGGACCUGGCUUCUUUAGCCGGUCCCUUCCGAAUGCGGAUGCCCGUAUUUCUUUCUUCGAUGACAUCAACGAAGGCUACCAGGACCUUAUCGGCAAUUACAAGGACGUUGUGACUGGACAGUUUUUCGGACAUCAGCACACCAACGCCUUCGUCUUACUAUCGGACAAAGCAGGCACGCCAGUCAGCUCUGCGCAUUUGACCGGAUCGGUCACACCCUACGGAAAUGGUCAUUCGGUUUACAAAUCUAUCUCGGUUCCCACCAAUCCGUCGUUGCGGCUCUACAGCUACCGACGUUCAAGUGGCGAACUCCUGGACUACAGCGUCUACUACCUGGAUCUGCAAAAUGCCAACAUGGCGGCUUCCUUCCAGCGACUUCCAAGAUGGGAGCGCCUAUACUCGGCCGGGAAUGACUUGGGCGUGCCGGACCUGAGCACGGAGUCCAUGGUAGAAUUGGCGCAACGCAUCUCUCGCUCACCCGACCUCCUGUCGCGGUACAUUAGUUACAGCUCGUCCCUCAAGGACGUGGGACCGUGCGACGGAGCUUGCCGUCAGACGAUGCUGUGCGCUAUCCUAGCGUCCCGCCGGGCUUUCCACGUGGCGUGCCUCGCCCGUGGGACCAAGGGUCACUCUGCACGUGGUCUCCCCAUGAACGACGGCACCGAGCCUCUACCAACCAUUCGGGACGUGAUUGUAGGACUGUCCAUCUCAGUCAGCGUGGUCGCCGGCAUCGUUUUACUCGCGCUGGCCAAGAGAUCACGCAUGAUGCAAGGACCGCGCUAUGGACGCUUUUCCUGAUCUUGCAUUUAGCUCUGCAGGCGACGUAGAACCUGUCUUACAAAGCUCUACAGGCCACAAGAAAGAUUAUAUUUUCUAUGUUUUGAUAUCAGUAAGAAAAAUAUCUUAAAAUGGAACAUUUUUGAGGCACUCAUUGCCAAUUCAGCGAAUAAAAAAUUUGUUAUGCAUAGAGAAGAACCCACUGACAAAAACAUCUAACGCGUUAUCACAGCAAUAGGAGUUACACUGAUUGGAUAGGAAUAUCAGUUCCAGAAAUAUCGCGAAACAGCUUGCGAGCGAGCUUUUCCGCACUGUCGUAUUGUUGGUUUUAAUUCCUGCCACUUACUCGGCUCCAGUUUGGCCCUGGUUUGUUAGCGUCUCGGUCGGAGCAGCGCACGUCACGGCGGAUGCGUUGAGAGGCGAAGCUGCUUUGUAGCUCAUUACUCCUCGAUGUCCAAGUGGCUGAAAUGUAUUUAUUAGAAAGCGAUCUUUUUUUCAGCCAGAUGAUCAUGCUUUUAAACGUCAUUCGAGAGGUAGUUCAUCAGCGAGAUUUUUGCGUGGACCAGAGCGCCGGUGCGUCAGUAGGACAUCAUGCCUUUAAAAGCAUUUUUUGAUGUGUGGGACCGUUUUCGUUCGCGAAACUGCUCUUUUAUAUCACUUCGUAGAGUUUCUUUAAAAUGCACAGUAAUAAUUUUAUUGAUAAACUAAUGUUCAAAUCUCACGCCGUAACCCAUAACAUGCACGGAAACAUUGAGAUUGUCUUUCCUUUUUGCAUUUUUUAUGGUUUACCAGUGCACCACUCGUGCAAAACUGAUGUUGCUUGUAUACCGGAUGUGUAAUUUAUGAGUCCAACUUAAACUUCUACUCAAGGAAUCCUUUGAAAGACGCCUCGGUGAGGCAUAUUCAAGUCCCUUCGAGUACGUUGAAACUAGCGUUAUUGUUAGGCCACUGCGAGGCAAUUUUUUAAGUUUGCAAGUGGCGAUUUCUAGAAAGGCCUCAACGAACCGUUAGUUUUUACUUAAGAACUCGGGGUGGCAAUACCCUGCGAUGAAGUGCAAUUAUAUUUGCUGUUAAUUGAGCGCUUAUGCUUUACUGCUGUGCUAAAAGUGAACAGGUAUUACUAUUCG